AUGGCGGACAGUCGAAUCGAAGAAAGACAAAGUGGUCAAAGUGAGGAGGUUAUUAUUGACUGUGUGGCAUUAUUUUAUGAAGAAGGAAAAGGAGGGGAGAAUUAUCGAAAGAAAAAUAAAUUUAGAUGCCGUGUAAGCAAGGAAGCGAAACAGAUCAUCAAAUUGAAAGAGACUGUUUGGUAAGUAUCUUGAAGUGAGCGACUGAGCGUGAAUUCAUAAUUACACGUGAAUAAAAUUAUAUGUCUAAAAUUAGCGUAUUUUGCGACCUUUGAGAUAUAAAGGGGAUGAAGUUAAUGAUUAUAAACAGAACUGUUCGCCUUUUCUCUUCUAGAUUUUUAUUAUUUAAUUUAUUUUACAUAAUAUUUAUACUACAUCAUACAUCAUAACAUGUCCUGAUGUCCAGCAUGUUUUGACAUAUUUUCCUAUAUGGACUAUAUGGUCUAUAUGAAAUUGAUUUUUGAUAUUGAUUUUUAUAGUGAAGAAGCUGGUAUUAGAGGCAUAGCAAAGUCUUUAGGUCUAGGCACAAAUUUAUAAGUGGAAUUGAAUAGGUAAGUUUAAUGUUAAAAUCAUGUGUAAAUCAAUGAAUAAACAUCACUGCAUCAACAGAUUUAAUAGUGAAUUUUCAAUUAUAACAAUAUUAGAGAUAACAAUUAAUAGGAAAUAUAUACAUAUAUACCUGUAUUUUCACAUAGGGAGGCAAAGAAAGAUGGAAGAACUGAAAGGAUCUCAAUAGAGACCAAUUAUCAGUUAGAACUGGAGUUGCCUUCUAUAUUAUAUGGAAAGCACAAAAUAAAACGUAGGUCUGUCUCAGUGACCUCAGUAUGUAAACACCAUGAGUGAGUGUACACACUGCGGCUCUCUGGUACUUUCAUUUACAAUGAAGGCACACUUUACAGUGAAACAAUUAGAAUAUCAACACUAAAAUUAAUUUCUUGUCAUGAGUAAUUGCCUGAAUAUUUCUAGUAUUCAGUAUCGACAGUAUGGGAUCUUAUAUGCACUCAAAACAACCCGUUUAUAAACCAAGUUAAAUUGUUUUGUUUUUGAUCCCAAACCAUAGAUGAGGUUCAUGGGUAAAACAAGUAUUCUUUCCCCUCUUUCAAAAAAUAAUAUGAUCAUAUUGUAUCCUGGGAAAUGUCACUAUUCUAUAUAUCCCUCAUUAAAAUACAUGGAUAUAGAGGUUUUUACAAUGAAAAUACUAUAUACAUAUAUAGAAAUUUGUGAUUAAAUAUUCUUGUUAGCUUCAGCAGGUUUGUGGAAGUUUCUUUGGCUUGCCUUCAGGCUGUGCCCUUGUGACAUCCACAAAACCUCCCUUAACUUGCUGCGAGAUUUGAUCACAAAUUUAUUGAGAUGUCAUGAUAUUACAUUACUUAUAAUAAUUUUUUCUUUCAGUUGUAAUUUAUCCACUAAGGACUGUUUUCACCCCAAAAUGCCCCACAAUUAUCAUUAAAGACAAGGCAGACACCCCCAGCAAGAUCCUUCCUUCUACCUCUUCAGCCCAUUCAUCAGCAUCACAUGAUUUAAAUUAUGAGGAUGAGGCAAAACUCAAUGAAAGUACAGCGCAUGUAUGUGGAUUAAUGUGUGACUUGCUUAGUUCACAUGUGUACCAUGUGAAUAUCUGGAUGAGACGGUUAUGAUUAGAUUCUCAUUGAAAAUUAUUUCUUUCUUAUUAUACAUUUUGGGUCAUUUUGAUAAGGCAAAUCGGUCUCAAAUAAUUUAUCCUAAAACUCCUACUGUACAGAUAUCUCAACUUAUUUUAUAACAACACAAACAGUUACCGUAACACUCGAAGAGAGGUUGUCAAUCUCAGACAAACAAUACUUUAUACUGUAUAUAAUCACAAUUUAAAAAAUAACAAAAUAACUCCUCUUUUAAAUGAGCCAUGCAAUUGUUAGAGGCGAGCUGGGCUAGAUCUGAUAUACCGCAUUUAAUCAUGACAUUUUGUGAAUACAUAAGUGAACUUGGAAAAUGCCAACUUCUAACACAGCAUGAUCCAGCAUGAAUCUGUUGACUUAGUUUGGGAUAAACUAUUUAUUUUUUUAUUUACCUAGAACUGUCAAAAAGGCAAAGCAGCAAACUGUUCAGGUGCAACACACAUAAACUGGUUAAGGAGAAUGGAAAAUUGGUAGAGUGGCCAUGUAAAAUUUGUUGUGGAAUUUGUAACAAAAAUCUGAAGCUGCGUUAUGAUGCUGGUAAUAAGGGAAGAAUUUCUAGUUUUGAUAGACGUAAGUUGGAAAUUAUUGAUACAUGAUUACAUGUUACAGUAGCUUUAUGCUGUCGUAUUGUACAUUGAAUGAAUGCCUGAAUGGUGAUAUUCCAAUACAUGCUUUAUAUUGUACAGUUGUUUACUAAGAACUAUUGCAAGUGCAUAUUUUAAUGUAGUAUUUUCUAAAUUUAUUUUCUUAGAUCACUAUGCUAAGUGUAGUAAAGCAAAGGAAUUAGGAAAGGAUAAAGAGAGGAGCACGCUGACCAUCAAAGAUAUUUUUGAACGUGCAGCAAAGCGGAACACACAAGAGGAAGAGACCUCAAAAAGGCAGAAGCGGACAGAAGAAGUCGACUCUGACAUUGACAUCUCUGAUUGUGAAAAGUAA